GUACGCUUUACACACUACCUAGUAAUCCCGCCCUUAUGCCCCCCGUCUGCGUCUGCAUCUGCGUGUCGCAUGUCUCUCCCUUUUACAACCAUCAUCAUCAUCAAUCGACUUUUCCAUCCAUCGAUCCUCACGCCAUCUCUUCCCUAGUCUCUCUUCUUCAAUACCCACUCUCCUUAAUAGACUAGGAAAUUCAUUCCUGUCCCUAUUUUUUCUUCUUUUUUAUCUUCGAACGAAAUACUUCCUGCGACGACAAUAUUUUCCUUCACGAGCCGAAACCCAUCACAUCCGACUUCCGAUUACUCCUUUUUAUCUGUUUCAUUUUGAUUUCGUACUCUGAACGAUGUCUGGACGUUACGAACGGGUUAAUACCCAGGAUGACGAGCCAGAUGCUCCUCGUGCACCCACUUUAUUGCGACGACCACAAUCUAUACCCAACUCUCCCCCGCCCUCGUUUCGUUCGCGAAGUUCCUCCUUCGAGCGGAGAAGGCAAAACGUGGAUCCUACCUUAGCUGACGCGUUCGAUACCGACGAUGAAAGUGAUGACGAACCCGAUGACAGGCAACGAUUAGUUCGACAGAGCUCGUUUCCAAUUUCCAACAAUUCUACUAGCCGAAACUCGAAUGGAGGGGAUGCGAGGUCAUCCAUUCCUAGUGGACAACCAGCACAACCACAAUUUCCGUCGAGCGGCGCCAAUUCUCAGCAAGCCGGUUCUAGGGUAUAUGGAGGUGGAAUCCAAUCCGAUGGAGUCUUUUCCAAUAUGACGGCCCGACCGGAGAGGGGAGAGAAGAUUGUGGAAGAGGCACCUCCCACAUACGAACAAGCAGCAGCUGACGCCGCGCCGCCUUACUGGGAAACUACGAUUCUAGCACCCGGUCUUGGUGGCCCCGAUGAUGUGUACAUAGAUGGAAUGCCCGUCGGUUCGAUAUUCAGUUUCAUCUGGAACGGCAUGAUCAGCAUGUCGUUUCAGCUUGUGGGCUUCCUGCUUACGUAUCUAUUACAUUCGACUCACGCAGCCAAGAACGGUUCUCGCGCCGGACUCGGUAUUACACUUAUCCAAUACGGUUUCUACAUGAAAGGAUCGUCUGCCAACUCCGGGGGUAUGGGUGGUGCGCCUACCGAUGGAUACGCGCAGCCUCCGGAUCCGAACAGCCACGACUUCGACCCCAAUGCCGUGAGCCAAAGUAACGGAGACGGUUCAAGCUUGGGCGAUCUUGCUAGCAGCGAAUGGGUGGCGUAUUUACUUAUGAUCGUGGGCUGGUUCAUCUUAAUUCGGGCGGUUAGCGAUUACAUUAAGGCUAGGAAGCACGAGCAACUAGUCCUCCAGAGCCCAGAUAGAGGUCUGGGUAUACCGAUUAUCGCGGAGGGCGAAAGAGCGGAGACGGUUGUUUAAUACCAUGUCACACUGAAAUUCCUGUCUAUUGAGCCGAUGGUUUAUUGUCAAGCCAAUAAAACGCAUACGAUUAUCAUAUCACUUUCACUUGGAUCGAGGAGUGAUUUGGAGCAUAAGGGCGGUCCUCUUAAAUUAAGGUGUAUUAGGUGUUAGGGCAUGGUAAUUUAUUUGCGAGAGGGUAUCCAUAUGGAUAUUCGUGGUCUCGUGGAUCGUGGAUCAUUGAUUCAAGCGAGGCAUCUCGAGCGACUGAGCUAGAUAAAUGUGAUAUUAUUGUACUCGUAUUUGUCACCUUUAAUUUUUCAUGCAGUCGAGGACUUGAAUAUAAUCCUGUAUGAGUUUAGUUGCACCUUGCGUUCCGAGACAGGCCGACCUCGGUCUCGAGGCUUGCUAGUCUGCAAUUCCUGUAGUGCUAGCCAUUGUAGAUCUAUGGAUACCUG